AUGGACGUUGAACUUGGACCGAGCUCCCAGAGCCAACCGGGAUUUUACCACGGCCGGGACUUUGACCAGGGCCCCAGCGCUUAUCACGCUGGAGCGGGUGCUGCUAACGGUGCCGCUUUGGGGAGCUUCCAAGCCAAUUCCAUUCCAACAGAACAAGCCCCAGCGGCCAAUGACCAGCCGCCGGUUCACUAUUCAUGGGCGCCAGCGCAGACGGCACCAGCAACGUCCAUUACCGUCGACGAUGAACAUACCACGAGCACGCGCAAGAUGCGCAAGCGAAAAGCCGAAACGCAGGACAAUGAAAGGCUGUCAAAACGUUUGAGUCUCUUAAAUCUGGAAAAAGAUGGCCAGAAACUCUACGUUCCCGUCGAGAGCCCCCAGCUACGGCCCACGGCGGGCGGCUCUUCCUCUUCUGCGGCCUUGGAAGGCGACCAGAUGCAAUUGGACGAGUCCAAGCACAAGGUAUACAUAUACGACCUAGACGCAGAGCUCGCAGACGAAGGGAGCGAGUCCUCGUCCGACGAGGCCAAGCUGGUCUUCCUGCCCGACAUUGCAAAGCACCUGCGCCAGCAGAGCCGGAUUCCACCGCGCGUGCUCGCCAACCCCGACGGCGAGCUCGCCGGCAUGCAACUGGUUCUGUACAGCGAGCCCAAGUCGCUGACCGUCCCCGAGAGCCAGGACAGCGUCAGAAAGGCGAUCGCCGACGCUCGCGCGCGGCUGCGCAGUAAACACCAACAACCGCACACGGGAGCAGGGACCGGAAGCAACAACGGUGUCGUCGACAACGACAUGGUCACGGCAGCUCCAAGCAUGGAUAUCGAGAUAUCUUCCCCUGCACAGGAGCGCAGGAUUCCUAACGGGCUGAACAACCUUGCCAACGAUGCUACUGAGACGACCAAUGGUAUGACGGGCCCGAACAACUAUUCCAUAUAUUCAUCUAGCUACGACCCGGACGCCAUGGAUAUGGACAUUGAUUGA